GGCAGACCCUCGCAGGAGUACCCCUCUUAGCUGCACGGGUGAGAAUAGACUCCAUGAUGCUGCCUGCUGUCUUAUACAAUGUGGUGUUUUGGCUGGCAUUAGGAUGGACUCAGUCAUCCGCUCAUAGUCCUCGGACCCCAGACCGAGUCUCAGAAGCAGAUAUUCAGAGGUUGCUCCAUGGGGUGAUGGAACAGCUGGGCAUUGCCAGGCCCCGUGUAGAAUAUCCGGCUCAUCAAGCUAUGAAUCUCGUGGGUCCACAGAGCAUUGAAGGUGGUGCCCAUGAAGGUCUGCAACAUUUGGGUCCAUAUGGUAACAUCCCUAACAUCGUGGCUGAGCUGACUGGUGACAACAUCCCCAAGGACUUCAGUGAGGACCAGGGCUAUCCAGAUCCUCCAAAUCCCUGCCCCGUUGGAAAAACAGUAGAUGAUGGAUGUCUGGAAAACUCCCCUGACACUGCAGAGUUCAGCCGAGAGUUCCAGCUGCAUCAACACCUUUUUGAUCCUGAACAUGACUAUCCUGGCUUGGGCAAAUGGAACAAGAAGCUUCUUUACGAAAAGAUGAAGGGUGGACAGAGACGGAGAAGGAGGAAUGUGAACCCCUAUCUGCAAGGGCAGAGACUGGACAAUGUGGUGGCAAAGAAGUCUGUGCCUCAUUUUUCUGACGAGGACAAGAAUGAAGAGUAAAGUGAAAAAGAUUGAAGAAAACAGAUGCAGCCCAUUAGAUCACAAUAUUGCUUACGUGUAUUGACUAUUAAAACCCUAGUGAAUGGCAGCAUGUUUAUUGUUUAUGUUAUUAUGGAUGAAAAGCAGCUGUAUUUAUGACAUUGUGUUGUCAUAGCUGAAGAAAAGAUAGCUCUGCUUUCUGUUAAAUUACGGUAAUAGGAGCUUUUGGGUUAUUUUGUUUCAGGCCUGGAGUGAGCUUCAAAAUUAAAGUGAUUUUGAUAGCUAGUGUAUAUGUCUACAGUCAUAAAAAGCAAGACCAUAAAAUUUACUCAGUUUGGUUGUAGUUUAAAUGGUAUUUGGGGCUCUAGUUUGAUACCUAUUACUGUAAAAGGCAGAGUUUGAUUUUGAUUGUUUAGUUCACCAAGCCCUUGGGCAUUGUU